GCUCAUCAUUGUGUUUACUCUUCUCUGAAUUAUCGAUCUUAUUCAACACCAAAUCCAAAAAUAGUCAGGCAAUUAAUAGAGAUGGCUUAUAUCUCCACCAGGGACAAAUCCAAGCCUUACUUCCCUCUCGCCGGCGGAGCAAAUGACGGGUGGUCUAAUGAAGAUGAAGCAACAGCAACAUGUUUCUGUGGCGCUGUACAAAUUGCAUUCCCAACCCAAGGCCCCGGUCUAAUCACUACAUUCAUCUGCCACUGCCACGACUGUCGCAAAAUCACGGCCUCGAUGUUCGCAUCUAACUUUACUAUCGCUGACUCUCACUUAAAACACAUACGUGGCCGUGAAAACCUGAAAGUCUUCAGUCAAUCCAAGACCAUCGCGACCGGAGAGACAAUGGCCAAUCACUUUUGUGGAACUUGUGGUACGCUCAUGUAUCGUGUUGGCUCAAGGUUUCCAAAGAUGAGCAUUUUGAGAAUUGGGACUGUAGAUGAUUUUCAUUUACAUGAGACGAAGUUAAGGCCGGGAAGAGAACAGUUCACAAAUGGGAGAGUAGGGUGGUUGAAAGAAGUGGAGGGGGUGAAACAGUUUGAAGAAGGUGCCUUUUAGCUGAAAUAUGUGGGAUAUACGGAGUAGUAAUAUCCAGAUCGCAGAAUAUAAAGCGAGAAUUGAGUUCAAUAUCUAUAUGAAAUUAGAAUAAGUCGGCCGUA